AUAUGAGUGAAGAGGGAUUUUAGGGAAGAAGAAGAAGAAACAAAAACCCUUGCUUUCUUCAUUUCUGACCUAAAAACUCCGAUUUCAAAAUGGGGAGUAGAUUGGGAGGACGUGUGGUUCAUUUCGCGAAUCUUCCGAUUAAGCUUCUGAUGCCUGCAAAGCUCACGAACAUUCACGAAUUCGCGUUGAAAACGAUCCCUUCCGCGUCGAAGAUCGAGAUCAAACGAGUCCUCGAGUCACUCUACGGAUUCGAUGUGGAGAAGGUGAAUACACUAAACAUGGAUGGGAAGAAGAAGAAGCGUGGAGGUUUGUUGAUUGCGAAAGCUGAUUACAAGAAGGCUUACGUCACGCUACGUACCCCUUUGUCGAUUUCUAGGGAUUUGUUUCCGGUGAAGUUUAUCGAGGAAGAUAGGAAGAGUAAAGUGAAAGGAUCUAGCUUUGUUGAGGAAGAAGAUGAUAAGAAGAGUCAUUGGCUUGAUCGCAAGGAGAAGAGGGAGAUCGGCGGUUAUGGUAAAGGUAAAGGUCGUCGUGGAGGUGAAAGGGCUAAUUCUCCGACGAGGGCUGGUGCGGCGGCGGCGGCGGGGAUGGCGAAGUUUCCAUGGAGCAACAUGAGAUUUGUUGGUAAGUAGGGUUUAUGAGGAUCUGGGUUUGUGUUUCUUUAGCUAAUAAAUCUGAAUCAUAAGCUCUUAAUCUAGAAAUGGUUAUGAACUUCAUUUUUUCUUUAAGUACAAUCUAUAAGUGAUAACUCAGGUGAUGGUGUUUUUGUUUGUCUUUUAAAGUUUUGAGAAAACCUCUUAUUGUCUGUUGAUUUGGGUUUAUGUGCAAAUGUUCAAUCACAUUACGCAGAUGCAAAAACGUAUGAUAAAACUCUGUAACAUUUCA